AUGAGAUAAUAAAUAAUAAAAUAUAUUAUAUUAAUAUAUUCAAUAAUACGUAUACAAAUAUAUCAAUAAGCUAUUCCCAAAUAAUAUCUAAAUAAAAAGUACAUAUCUAGAUAAUGGAAUAUAUUUCUGAUAGGGAAUCAAGAUGAAUUAGAAAAAACUAAAGGAUAAAAAGUACAAUCUCAAAGUUUUGAGUGA